AUGUCUGGCAAGGUUACUCUGUCGAUGCAUACGUUACCCAUUGAUUUAGUCUAUCGAAUAUUGGACGAACUCGAUCGAUUAACCAUUGUUCUAUCACUUCGUAAUGUCUGUAAACGUCUUAAUAAAGUCAUCGAUACCUAUCCUCGAUAUCAGACGUUCAAUGAACUAAUGCUAACAUGGGGUUCAAUGCCUGCUAAAACCAUUCGACAACUGGCUAAUGCAUUAAACAAUAAUACAACACUCACCAUGCUCAAUCUUUAUUCGAAUCAGAUUAAUGAGGAAGGAGCACAGAAUCUUGCUCAAGCGUUACAAAAUAACACAGUUAAACAAUGCAACCAAAUCGGUGUUAAAGGGGCACAAUACAUGGCUCAAGUAAUACAGAAUAACACAACUCUUACCACACUCAAUCUAGCAUUCAAUAAAAUCCAAGAUGAAGGAGUAAAACAUCUGGCUCAAGCAUUACAGACCAAUUGGACACUCACCAAACUUAUCCUUGAGUUCAAUGGGAUCAAUAAGAAAGGGAUACAACAUUUGGCUGAAGCAAUACGAAAUAACAAGUCACUUACAAAACUCAACCUCGGGUUAAACGACAUGACAGCUCAAGGAGCGCAACAUCUAUUUCAAGCAUUAAAAAAUAACACAACACUCACCACACUCGAUCUCACAGGAAAUAAUAUUCUUACUGAAGGAGCACAAUAUCUGGCUCAAGCAUUACAGAAUAAUAAGACACUCAAGAUACUCAGACUUGAGCUCAAUCAUAUAGGCGAUAAAGGGGCACAGUAUCUAGCUCAAAUACUGCAAGAUAACAAGACACUUACCACGCUCGAUCUUGCCAACAAUUGCAUCGGCAAUGAAGGAUCAGAAUAUAUAGCUAAAGCAUUAUUGUGUAACACGACACUUACGGAACUUAAUUUGGGAGCCAACAAUAUCAGUGUUGAUGGGGCAGAAUAUCUAGCGCGAGUGUUACAAAAGAACACCACACUCAUCACACUCAUAUUUGACGGCAAUGGAGUUUGUGUCGAAGAGGCUCAACAUCUGUUCAAGGAACGAUAUGCUUUUGAUUAUUACCUUGCAUAUCCACGAUAA